UAUUUGUUGUAAAUAUGCCAGCUUGGUCAAAUAUUGUAGAGGUGCCAGCUAAUCUGAAUUUCACUGUACAUUACUAUAUUUUCAAAGCAAUAAAAUAAAAUAAAUAAAUCUAAAAGAAAUGCUUCAAGCUAAAUAUGCAUCUCAUCGGUAACUGUCUUCACCAUUUUUUUCCACUUACCUCUACUUUCUUAUGGAAUAAUUUCUACUUCCUCAAACCACACAAAAGAUUCUUUUGUGUGAUGUGUAUGUGUGUGUGGCGGGGUGGGGGGUGGAGGGCGGCUUAUCAGAGGUUUGAAAUGUAACAGAGAACAAUCCUGUCACACAUCUCUGUCAGUGUGGUGUACUACAGACAUGUUCUUCAGCAUCUCUAUCCUUGUACUUUCUGUCCUCCAUCUAUGUGGGACAAUGGAGAGUGGUAUUAUUGGAGGAAGGGAAGUGAAAGCACACUCCCGACCCUAUAUGGUUUCUGUUCAGAUUAACAAAAUGCACAUGUGUGGUGGCAUGCUUAUCAAAAAAAAUUAUGUGCUGACUACAGCUCACUGUGUAGAUAAUAUUGAAUACUCUGGAAAGAACAAGCUGGAAGUGGUACUAGGAGCUCACAACAUCAGUCAAAAGGAGCCCCAACAGCAGAGAAUCACAGUGGAGAAGUACAUCAAGCAUCCCUGUUACAAGAGCAAUGAACGUCCAAAUGAUAUCAUGCUACUGAAGCUGAAGUCCAAAGCCAAGCUGAAAAACGGUGUGCAAGUCAUUGAUCUUCCUAAGAAGAAUGAGAACCUUUCAGCCAAUCAAAUAUGUUCAAUAGCUGGUUGGGGCAUGACAAAACAGAACAGCGCUGCAUCAAGUGUCCUACGAGAGGUGAAGCUCAAAGUACAAGAUAUCUCUGAGUGCAAGAAGCUUUGGCAACAUUAUUUUGACACAGACAGCAUGAUCUGUACUGCCCCUGAUGGAAAAGAUGCUUUUUGUCAGGGUGAUUCAGGGAGUCCUCUUAUCUGUGGAAAUGAACCACAAGGAUUAGCUGCAUAUACCUACCCUGGCAACUGCUUAGACGUUCAGUAUCCAGAGGUAUAUAUCAAGCUCUCCUACUUUCUUCCAUGGAUUAAAGAAAUAAUACACUAGAGAGAGAAUUAACACAAUGGAAGUAUCCACGAUCAAUAUAUGGAAGUAAAAGCAAUCACAAUAAAAUAAACAUUUUAAAU